UUCUUCCCCAGCCUCGUGAUAUAAAGAGACAGACAUCGAAGGCCAUUCGUAACCCACUUCCCACACAUCAAGCCAAUCUUAAAAUUUCUUUACUAAAGACACGAAGAAACAACUGCUGGCAAUAUGUCGCUUCCUACUCUCAACCACGUCUUCACUAUGGCCAUCACCCCGAAGGAGCCGGUCAACACUGGUGAAACCCCAAGAGGAAAGGCCAAUUGGUUCGAGAUUUCGGACGGCACAAUCACAUCAGCAGAUGGUGAACACAUCGCUGACGUCCUCUCCGGAGGAGGAGACUACCUCACGCGAUAUGUCGAUGACAACGUCGCAGAGGUGGACAUGCGACUAAUUGCCAAAGACUCGGACGACCAAAUUAUGCGCAUCACCGUGUCGGGAUACGACUAUCUCGACAGAGCAACUAUGCUAGCCUUGGAUGGUAGAGCUGGCGAAGAUUCCGGGGACAACAACUCGGGAGUCACUGAGCCUUAUGGUUUUGAAGUUUUGAAGUUCAACACGGCGAGUCCAAAGUAUAGGUGGCUGAACUUUGCUGUCCUUCUUGCGCGAGUCAAAUUUGUCGUCGGUAGCGCGGGCAUUGAGAGUGUUGUGUAUACAACCUACCAGGUGGGCAAUUAAUGAGUUAACGUUCCGGGACAUUCGAUGGGUAUUCAAAAUCCGGACAUUUAGAUACCGUAUACGAAGCAAUUCUUAAAUAAAGACUCGUUAUCAGUUCUUGUGC